GUAGAGGAAGCACGCGUUGUUUCGCGGCGCACGGUCUUAGGUGAAAUAAAGUGAUAUAAAGUACAAUCAGCCAGGAUGCGUUACGUAGCCGCUUAUCUUCUGGCAGUCCUUGGGGGCUCUGAAUGUCCGACCAUUGCUGACCUGACAAAGAUCCUCAACAGUGUUGGUAUAGAAACCGAUCAACAGCGUGCAGAGAAGGUUGUUGGUGAACUGAAGGGCAAAAGCAUUGAUGAGGUUAUUGCCCAAGGUAACAGCAAAUUAGCCAGCAUGCCAUCUGGAGGUGCUGUAGCUGCUGCCGCUGGUGGUGGAUCUGCUGCCCCCGCUGCUGGAGGAUCAGCUGCUCCAGCUGAGGAGAAAAAGGAAGAAAAGAAAGAAGAGUCUGAGGAGUCUGAUGAUGAUAUGGGAUUUGGCCUCUUUGAUUAGAACAAUCGCCACUUUCAAACUGCUCAAUAAAAGACAUUUAUUUAUACAGUA